AUGGAAGAAGAUGAAAAGACUGCAUUUGAAAGUUAUGAAAGUAUAUCAACUAUUACUUCUGUGGAAGAAGAAGAGUAUAAAUUAGAAGAAAAAUUAACGAAAGAUGAUAUUCUUAAAAUAACGAAAGAACUUAUAGAAAACGUACAACAAGAACUAUGUUUGAUCAAGUUAUGCUGGCCAGAAAUUGAUUACACAAAAGAUCUUUACCUAAGAAGACUUCCAAGUAGUUAUUGUACCCUCAGUGAUAAAGAAAAGUUGCUUGCAUGGUAUGCCGAAAAUUUUCGACAACAAUUUCACGUAAAAUAUCCAAAAAGAAAACCAUUAUUAUUAGUAUGUGAAAAUGAAUGUGGUAUACAAAAAUUUAUGUCUACGACUAUCAAACGAAGUACACUGCCAUACCCGGAACUGUACACGUGGCAGGAGUGCGGAAAAUUUGUCAGUGACUACGUUAAGUACGAGCCACUGAACAAACCACUCAAAAUGGUAAGUAGUCAAACGUAUUGUUGUCAUCAAACAUCUUAUUUUAUAAAGCUAAGCGACAAAGGUCCUUAAAUAU